GCGCGGCGGCCUUCUUGUUGCCUGGCAGCGGGCGAAGGAAGGGCUGGCCUGGCCCGGGGCCCCUGGCAGCGGAGGCGGCGGCGGCGGCGGGCUGAGGCGGCUGAGGCAGGAAAUCCUCAGAACCACCUGUUGCAAAGAGGAGAAUGAGCCCCCUCUGCUGCCGGCGAGGUGACGAUGGAGGUGCGCUGCGGUGGCCUCUUGUUCAGCUCCAAGUUUGACUCGGGGAACUUGGCUCAUGUGGAGAAGGUGGAGCACCUGGAGGGCGAUGGGGACGGUGCCGGGAAUGGCGGCAGCGGCAGCAGCAGCACCUCUGCUACCUCCAUGGUGUUUGGCACCUCCCUCCCCAUUGCUGACUACGAGUUCAAUGUGUGGACCAAGCCGGAUUGCGGAGACACAGAAUACGAGAAUGCAAACAGAUCCUGGUUUUACUUUAGUGUGAGGGGAGGAGCCCCAGGCAAGCUGAUCAAGAUCCACAUUGUGAACAUGAACAAGCAGACCAAGCUGUACUCGCAGGGGAUGGCCCCCUUGGUCAAGACGGUGCCCAUCAGGCCUCGUUGGGAGCGCAUCCGCGAGCGGCCCGCCUUCGAGAUGGUGGAAACCCAGUUUGUCCUCUCUUUUGUGCACCGCUUCCUGGACUGCCGAGGUGCCACCACCUUCUUUGCCUUCUGCUACCCCUUCUCAUACACAGAGUGCCAGGAAAUGUUGGCACAGCUGGAUGCCCACUUUGCAGAGUGCAGGCACCUCUCUGCUAGCAGCACAGUCAGUCGAAAGGCAGGUGCGGACUCUCGGAAGGCGGAGGGGAAGCCGCGACCCACCGCCCACAGAGCGAGGAAAUGCCCUAAAGGAGGACGCUCAAAGGGGAGGAAGGAGGCCCCGCUUCGGGGGACACCCUCCCUGGACUCCAUCUACUACCACCGGGAGCUGCUGUGCUACUCCCUGGACAAGCUGCGCGUGGACCUGCUCACCAUCAGCUCCUUCCACGGUCUGCGGGAGGAGAGGGAGGCCCGCCUGGAGAAGCUCUUCCCGGACAAGCACACCCCCCGGCCCCACAGCUUCGUGGGGAAGAGAGUGUUCUUCCUAAGCAGCAGGGUGCACCCGGGAGAGACACCCUCCAGCUUCGUCUUCAACGGCUUCCUGGAGUUCAUCCUCCGUGAAGAGGACCCUCGGGCCCAGAUGCUGCGCCGCAUGUUUGUCUUCAAGCUCAUCCCCAUGCUGAACCCGGACGGAGUGGUGCGGGGCCAUUACCGGACAGAUUCCCGCGGCGUGAACCUCAACCGCCAGUAUCUGAACCCUGACGUUGAUCUGCACCCGGCCGUCUACGGGGCCAAGGCCGUCAUGCUCUAUCACCACGUCCAUAACCGCGUCCAGCCAGGCUCACCCGACUGGCGCGCCUGCGUCCCUCCCCUCGGCACCAAGGCUGCCAACCAGCGCUCCACCCGCAACUGCCCUCCCAGCGAGGAGGCCCCCCUCUCAGAGCUGGAGAAGGCCAACAACCUUCGCAACUGUCCCAGGGAUGCUGGCGCCCCCUCGCCUCAGGACCACGAGCCCUCAGAGGCACCAGGGAGCAAGGACCAGGAUGUCUGGAUCCUCUCGGAAGACCUGCCUCCCACGCUCUGUGAGGAGAAAGCCGAGGUCCGCUCUCCUCCCGCCCCGGAAGCCAUCCCACCGCAGCAGAGUGGCCUGGCCUACUACGUCGACCUGCAUGGUCACGCCUCCAAGAGAGGCUGCUUCAUGUACGGGAACAACAUCUUUGAAGAGGCUCACCAGGUUGAAAACAUGCUCUUCCCCAAGCUCAUCGCCAUGAACUCUGCUCACUUUGAUUUCACGGGCUGCAACUUCUCCGAGAAGAACAUGUACGCCAAGGACAAGCGGGACGGGCAGUCGAAGGAGGGCAGCGGGCGCGUGGCCAUCUACAAGGCCUUGGGCAUCAUUCACAGCUACACGCUGGAGUGCAAUUACAACACGGGACGGUCUGUCAACGCAGUUCCAGCCGCUUGUCACGAUAACGGGCGGGCAACCCCCCCUCCUCUGCCAGCAUUCCCCUCCAAAUACACAGUGGAGCUCUUUGAGCAGGUGGGAAGGGCCUUGGCCAUCGCAGCGCUGGACAUGGCCGAAUGCAACCCCUGGCCCCGGAUCGUCCUUUCUGAACACAGCUGCCUUAGCAACCUCCGUGCCUGGAUGAUGAAGCAUGUGCGCAGCAUGAGGGGCGUGGCCGGCUGCUCCCGGAGGAAGGGGGCCAAGACUCCUCCCAAGGGGACCAACGGGGUCUCUGCCUCCAGCUCCGAGAACUCCCUCUGCCGGGGCCGCAGCUUCAGCAACGGGAGCAGCAGCAACCAGCAGGCGGCGUCCCCGCAGGUCAAGACCUCACCCAGCUUCACCUUCAGCUGCUCCCACCCCGACGGCCCCCUGGGCAUGGGCCAGGGCCCCCCGAAAGGUGCCUCGAGGGUGCUGGCGCUCGUGCGAGUGUUCCACAAUAGAUCCCAGUCAUCCUGUGAGAGCUGGCCCCCAGUCAACCCGAGCCCCCCGCCCUGCUCUCUGAACCGAGGGGAACCCCAGGCUUCAGGGGACCUGUGGGGGUCUUAUGUAGAGCGCUGGGCAGAGGCCUGUGCUGCUGCUGCUGCUGCUGCUGCUGGUGGCGCUACUCCUGAGGAAGCGGCAGACUCGCGCGUCCAGGAGAAGCGCCGUCACCAGCACCAGUCCUUGCUGCGAGCAGCAGUGAGCAACAUCCAGGCGCCCCCACCUCUCUCUUCUUCCACCAGGACGGCCUCUCACCUCCAGCUGCCGACCGGCCUCGGCUCCUGCCCCCUCCCAGCCACCCUCAACAUGACAGGGCCUGGCUGCAAUGGGCUGCAGGAGGCAGAGCACCCCAGUGAGGAGCUGAAACCGCCUCCACCUUGUGGCCUAGCCUUGCUGCAGAAUAUUUCAAGGCGGCUGAACAGCGAGCAGCUCUCAGAGACACCCAGGCUGGAAAUACUGAUGCCUCGGCCGAGCCGGAUCCCCAUCCGCAGGAGACCGGCUGGACAGUCCCAGCAUCUGCUCAGGCUCAGUGGAUGCAGUGAUGACUCCUCCCUCAAGGUGUGGAAAUAUGCCCCCUCACAGCUGCCAGCUCAGAGUUCCCUGCCAGAGUUUCCGCUGGACGUUCCGGAGCUGACGGUCACGGGGGGUCAGAGGGAAGAGCCGCUAUUUCUGUGCAAACCCCCCGACGUCUUGCUGGACGAGGUAUGGCUCCCCUGCAGCCGCUGCCCUCCCCUAGAGCCCCCGCCCUGUAGGCCGAAGAGGAAGAAGAAGAAGCCGAAGCGCCUCCACCGCGGCGUAGGCAGCGGCCACCCUCCCCCUUGAAGCAGCUCGGGGGGGCAGCCUCGCCCCGACGGUGACGCCGCUCGCCUCCCCCCUGAGCCAGAUCUCUCUGUUGCAGCACAUCCCGGGGCAGGCAGAUCCCCCCCAGCUCACCUACCACAAGAUCCUGUCUUUCUGCACAGAGGCCUGAUCCGCCAGGGGGGCCGGAGCAGCUGCGGCCCACCUGUUCCAGCACCUCCGCAGCCGCCCCGCAGCAGCGCGCCAGCGACACGCCGACGACACCGACGCCUCCCCCCGUGGUGCGCCAGAGACCGCCCGAGACACCCUCCCCGCUGGCGGCGUCCGGCGAGCGCCGGCCUCCCCCCAGCCCUCCCCCCCGCCCCUGCCCCUUCAAGCCCAAGCUGCUCUUUGGGACUCGCCAGCCCAUGGUCCUGGCUCUGAGCCACCUCCCUGCCUACGAGGGGCCACUCUCUCCCGGCGGCGGCCAGCUACACAAGGCGCCGCCCAGGGCCUAGCUCGGGAUCCAUCUCCACUGCCUUGCGGACCAGCUGGCCUGGGAAGGAGCCCCUGGGAAAGACCAGCCUUGCCCCCCCCACCCGGCAUUUCCCGCAGCAGCUGUGUACAUAGUUGGUUACUGGCUCGGAAGCUAUUUUUUGACAGAUUUGUCUUGUGAACAUGUUUCUAUUAAUAAAUUUCGUUUGACAAAAUGAAACAAAAAAGA